GUUAUUUAGCAUUUUUUAUCAAAAUCAACAAUGAUUAGAGUGUGCUAUUUGUGUAAAGUGUUUACUCUACCAGCCCGGUGCCGAACAAUUAACGUUUCACAGGUGAACAUACACUGGCAAGAUGGAAUUUGCAAGACGCCAUUACCGACGUCAAAUGUUAGCUUUCAACCAAUGACAUGUCAGAGAAGGGAGAUUAUUUAGGACAUCAGCAGAGGUCAGUUGUAGCCGAACUAUGCCAGAAAAAGUUUAGUUUUUAGAAACAUUUGAUGCUCAUACAAAAACUUAAUCAAGACAAAAAUUCUUAUUCUGUAGUUUUAAAGCUUGUAGAACAUGCUGAAAAAAAUAUCUGCGAUGAAACAACAUUACAUUUAGUUCUGUGUGUAUGUGGUUUAAUUGAUUCAAGAAUAUAGCUUUUGUACAU